AAGCCCCUUCCUCCUCUGGAACCAGAGCACCCAGCUCCUCCUCAGUCCCUUGGAGUGUCUGUGUCCCCUGCGGCCAUGGGAGGUGUUUUUGGGAAGAACAGGAGGCCCUGUGUGUUCCCCAGGGUGGUUUUCAGGGCCAGGGGCAGGAGGGCUGCCCGGGUGUGCUGCGAUGCAGCCACCUGGACCGGCGAGAGCCAUUUCUGCUCCGCGCGCAUCCGCACGCGGGCGAGGCGCCCCGAGCCCCCUGCUGCCACAAUGGUGCUGGAAGCUUCUGGAAGUGAAUUUGGAGACGAGGAAGGAGACUCAGCAUCCUCCCCAAGGGCACAGCACAGCGAGGCCUCAGCCCCUGUGGCUGCCAGAGACACACCAGGGGCUGAGCUGUCCCAGCAGCCCGAAGGCGAUCCUCAGCCAGAGCUGCUGGAAGCCCAGGAACUCCCAGGAGAGGCACAAGGACCCCAAAAUCCCCAGGAGAGCAGCGAGGCUGAGGCUGCUCAGUGUCCCCCUGGCAGCUCUUUGUCCCCUGAGCCCCGCUGUGGGGAGCAGGGGGUGACACCUCUCACUAGGACCACGGUGGAGGUUGAUGUUCAUGUGUCUGCUGAGCAUGGCCAGGGUGAGGCUGGUGCAGGGUCUGAGCUGCUGAGGGAUGCAGGGCACGAGGCUGAGGGUGCUGCAGAGGACACCUGUGUUGGGCAGGUUCCUUGGGAAGUGCCUGUGCAGAAGGCAGGUGACACCACGGCUGCUUUGUGUCCCCUGGAGGAGCCAGAAGCAGGAGAGGAUAUGGCAGAUGGGCAGGGGGCACCAGAAACUGAAGCUCCACUUGAUCUCCAGCUGGGCCAAGGUGAGAUUGGAGCUCCUGAAGGUGUGGAAGGAGCUGCUGGUGGGGCAGGGCAGGAUGAAGAGAAGGCAGAGGAGAGCCCAGCCUGCCUCCCGGAAAUGCAGCAGCAGGAAGAGGAGGAGGAGAAAAUCCAAAUUAGCAGCGAGGGAGAGCCACAGGAGCACUGAAGGAGCACUUGGAACCUGGAGCAGCAGCCAUGGAGCACCUUCAUCAACCAGAGCUGAACCUGCUGCCUCCACCCUGCCAAAUGGGGCUUGUGCCCCAAAGGACCCAGAUUCAGGGUGGUGGUGGCAGAACCUCCUUUGAAAAACUGAAAAUUAAGGUGCUAAACUGAGAAUUUGUGUGCUCUGCAAGUGGCACUGCCCUCCCGUCCCUGCUGGGGCUGUUCCACGGUACAGAAAGUCUAUUUAUGUAUUUAUUUAUGUUUUUAUACCCUGCCUAGGGCUGUGCACUUCAUGGUAUCUCCCUCUGUGUGUGUGGCUGCACAGGGUUAAGUGAUGUCUAAUUUAUUAAUUACACUUGUUCCUCUCACCCCACUGGCUUGUCACCACUAUUGGAAAUGCAUUGUGUGAUGUCUGUUGCAAUUGGAAUCAAUAAAUGUUAAAUCAUUUUAACACUGGCUGCUAUGAAAUGUUGGGUUAAGAAUGCUCUGAUAAUUCAUUUCUGGUAUUUGCAUUGGCUCCAAUGCCAGAACUGAUGUUUUUACCCUUUGUAAAGUGUUUGGUAAAAUACUGAAUGCUGAUACCAGUGGCCUCAGAAUGAAAGCUGCUCCUCCCCUGGUGAUUGCCUCGCAAAUCUUGGAACACCAACUGGGCUUGUUGUGCUUAGA